AUGGAGCCGGCGCCCCAGGGUCACGGGCCAGGCGUGCAGGCGGCUGCUGCCGCUACGGCCGCCGAGGGGGGAGAGAGGCGCGUCGCGGUGCCUCGGCCGCCCUCCAUCGAGGACUUCACCAUUGUCAAGCCCAUCAGCCGCGGCGCCUUCGGGAAGGUCUACCUGGGCCGCAAAGGAGGGAAGCUGUACGCCGUCAAGGUAGUCAAAAAAGCUGUUCUAAUAAAUAAGAAUAUGGUCCAUCAGGUACAGGCAGAGAGAGAUGCCUUGGCUCUUAGUAAAAGUCCUUUCAUUGUGCACUUAUACUACUCACUUCAGUCUGCCAACAAUGUCUACUUGGUAAUGGAGUAUCUCAUUGGUGGAGACGUUAAAUCACUCCUUCAAAUAUAUGGUUACUUUGAUGAAGAAAUGGCUGUGAAGUACAUUUCUGAAGUUGCGCUGGCUCUUGAUUACCUCCACAGGCAUGGAAUAAUUCACAGAGACCUGAAGCCAGACAACAUGCUGAUAUCAAAUGAGGGUCACAUUAAGUUGACAGACUUUGGAUUGUCCAGAGUUGCUCUGAACAGAGAGAUAAAUAUGAUGGAUAUCCUCACGACACCAUCGAUGCCUAAACCAAAGCAAGAUUAUUCACGUACUCCGGGGCAAGUGCUGUCUCUUAUCAGCAAUUUGGCUUUUUUCACCCCGGUUGGAGCUAAAAUGCAUGCACCCAGUCCAAGCCCUAUUUCUAUGGAGACGCCUAAGCUCUCUCAAGGAUUUGUUUCCCCCCUCUCUGUGAGCCGCAAAGACUGUGCUCCUGCAUCAAGUAAGCUGCUUAGGACAUGCCUUGAUUCUUCAGUUGUGAUGCCUGUUAAGAGUCUGACGCCAAGUCUGCUUCAGUCCCGGAAGAGGUACGGGACCUCAAGUGCCAGUAGCCUUUCCUGCACCCAGCUGUCCAGCAUGGAGUCAGAGUGCUGUAGCAGCCCCAGGUGGGAGAAAGACAUCCAGGAAGCAGAAGACAUAUUCUGCUCUGCCACUGGCCAGCUAGCUUCAUCAGAAAAGCUUCAUAAUGCAGAUUUAAUGUAUACCAAUGACACGAAGGCCUUAAAGAGGAGAACACUGGAGUCUGUCAUAUCUCCUAUUAGCAGCAAUGACUCUGGAAGCAGGCAUGAAGGAAGAGUAGAACGAUCAGACGUACGUGAUACCUCUGUAAGGACUUGUGAUGUGAAAGACCUGGUACGAAAAUGUCUUUCAGAAUACAAAGAAUGGGAAGCGAAACUUAGUGCAGAUAAACCUGCUCUGGCUAAGGGGACAGCAGAACCUUCUGAUGGCCAGAGGUCACCGAGCUUGGCCAGCCUUGCCAAAGAAAAGAAAGAGGAGGCAAGGUUAGAGGAGAAGCUCAGUGUCAAAAGACGCUUCACGCUGGUGGACACCAGUCCAUCUCAAGAACUUGCCCUUGUCAAGAAAACCAAUGCAGAAUACAGACGUGGUUGUAAGAUUGUGGAUAUUCCUAGGAAGCAAUGCACAAGUUUAACAACUGAAAUCAAUUGCUUAAAACUUUCUGGCGAUGGAGGUCUGCAGGAGACCUGUGCAAAUGGCAAUCAAAGCAAGGGUGGGAAACCAGCCAUCUCUUUAAUAGCUAAGAAUCUUAUGCAUUAUCUAGAUGCAGACUGUGAAAAGGAUGGGAAAAAGGAGCACCUGAGUUCCAGCUUCUUAUGCACUGACGACGAAAAGCCCUUAGCGAGCAUGAGUGUGGACUCUGAUCUAUCCCUUCCGGAAGCAUCUGCUGCAGUGUUGCAUUUAGAAAAGCACCUAUCUCAUACAGCUGGGGGCAUUAAAGACCUCAGCUUUGAAGAACUGAAAACAGAGGAUGUGUCUGUAAUGUCACUUAGCUGUGCAGAUGCCUCAUUGAGAGGUGAGGAAGUGGUUACUGUCCGGGAGGGCAAGGAGUUGCAGCAGGCACAGGACAAGAGUUUGCAAAGUGUGACUGAGACACAUCCCAACAUCCACUUGUCUCCAUCAGCGGAGAUGGUGAAAACACUGAACCUCUUCAAGAAAAACAUGGUUGCCUUUCGUAGUUACAACAGCUCAAUCAAUACGUCUAAUAUAUCUGAGCCAUCAAGAAUUAGCACAGUUUCUGUAGAAGGAAUGGACAUCUCUGCUUGUAGUGGCUCUUAUCCUAUGGCUAUUACACCUGCGCAAAAGGGGAAACCCUACAAAGUUUAUCAGACCCCUAAUCAGGGAAAUGCUGAUACACCCUACAGAACUCCAAAGAGUGUCCGAAGAGGGGCUGCCCCAGUCGAGGGCGAAUCCAUUUUAGGGACCCCAGACUACUUGGCACCUGAGUUGCUCUUCGCAAAGGCUCAUGGUCCUGCAGUAGAUUGGUGGGCACUUGGAGUUUGCCUGUUUGAGUUUUUAACUGGAAUUCCUCCAUUCAAUGAUGAGACACCACCACAAGUAUUCCAGAAUAUUCUGAAAAGGGAUAUUCCAUGGCCUGAAGGUGAAGAGAAAUUAUCUGACAAUGCUCAGAAUGCAAUUGAUAUUCUUUUAACCAUUGACAGUAUGAAGCGAGCUGGACUCAAGGAGCUGAAACUUCACCCCUUCUUUCAUGGUGUAGACUGGGAUAAUCUGCACAAUCAGACCAUGCCUUUCAUUCCACAGCCAAAUGAUGAAACAGACACUUCUUACUUUGAAGCGAGGAAUAACGCUCAGCAGCUGACAGUAUCUGGGUUCAGCUUGUAAUAUCAGGA